GUGUACCCGGAAGUAAACGAGGCAGCUUCGCGUGUAGCGGUGUGCGGCAUCCGCUGUCUUACCCACUCUCUCUGUUUCACUCCCAGGUUUUAAGUGCUUAUCUUCACAUUUAACCAACCAUUAAAGUUACUUUAGCUGCCGGGAUGUCUGUUUUAUGCUACAACAAGGGAUGUGGGCAGCGUUUCGAUCCAGAAAACAACCCGGAUGACGGCUGCACGUACCACCCAGGCGUCCCAGUAUUCCACGAUGCACUGAAGGGAUGGUCCUGCUGCAAGAGAAGGACCACCGACUUCUCAGACUUCCUCAGCAUUGUGGGCUGCACUAAAGGCCCCCACAACAAAGAAAAGCCCCCGGAGCCAGUGAAACCAGACGUGACCUCGUCGGCAGAGAGGAAAGACGUGGAUGAACAAAAAGCGAAGUUUAGCGAGUACAUCAUCUCCGCACCGAAGCCCCAGGAGGCCAUUUGCAGACCGAGCGCUGACGAGCCUCUGGUGAGAUUGCACCAUAAAGUGUCCGCCUCUCUGAAGCAAGCUCUGGAGAAACUGAAGCUGACUGACGACUCAAAUGUGGAGAAACAAGAAGAAAACGACGGCAAAGUCAGCAUCGGAACGGCUUGUAAAAAUGGAGGAUGCACUAAAAGGUAUGAAGGCCCCGCAACUGAUUCAGAGGUGUGCUUAUUCCACUCGGGGUUCCCAAUCUUCCAUGAAGGGAUGAAGUACUGGAGCUGCUGCAAGAAGAAAACCUCCGACUUCAACUCUUUCCUCUCCCAGGCGGGAUGUACCAAGGGCUCACAUUUGUGGAGGAAAGAAGAGGAGGGCAAGAAGGUGGUUCCGUGUCGGUUCGACUGGCAUCAGACUGGCUCGCAGGUUAUAAUCUCUGUCUACGCCAAGAAUGGUGUGCCUGAGCUUAGCUACGUGGACGCCAACAGUACCACACUCAACAUCCACGUGAUCUUUGAAAGGGAGAAGGAGUUUGAACAGAAGAUCAGCCUGUGGGGAGUGAUCGACGUGAGCAAGAGCGUGGUCAACAUGAUGGCGGCUAAGAUCGAGAUCGCCAUGAAGAAGUCCGAAGCCAUGUCGUGGGCCCGCCUGGACCUUCCUCCACCCGUGCUGCCACCAAAAGAGGACCAGAAGAAAGAAGAAGACGGCAGUGAUGAAGAAAACGAAUGACGAGGAGUGACGACGUAUAAACUUUUAGCUGAAUCCAAGGUGGGACACUUCCAGGGGGAAAAAGUCAUCAUGGAACUUGCUCGACUUUCCCAUCAUUCUUUGCUGUCAAAGCACUUCAGCUUGGUGCUCAUUUUUGGUCCAUGUGUCAGGAAUACAUCAGUAUUUGUUUUUUACAUGGCUGAAGAUCACAUGACCUGCAUUGGAGUCACAUGUUGGCGAGUGUGACCUCACAGUGCUGGAGGACCAUCUUGGCAUCGGACAUUUCCACUUUGACCUUUAGCCGCUUUGCAUUCCAGCCCAGAUUUUAUGAAAGAAGAAUCGAUGAUUAUACUGUCCAACCCACCACAACAUGCUUGUAUCAUCAUGUCUUCACGUGUUUGACACUUCUUUAUCAAUAAAGUCUACUAAG